CGACAGAGGAUCAUACACAGGUAAAAAUAUGACGGGGGUGUUUACACGCCGCAGACCGAGCGACUUGCAGAAGUUUAGACGCCACUAUACACUCUAGCUAUGUAGAGUAACUUGAUCAGCUAUUUACUUGUCAGGUGGUGCGUUUCUAUCAUUAUACCCGCAGCGCAAUGAAGUCGUAUCCUGACGAUAGAAAAUAUGUUCGAAACAACAUUAUCGGUGGUAUGGCAUGUUGUGUGGUGUCGUGCAUACUGGGGUUUGUGUUGCUUCCAGCACCCACGCCUCGACUGGAGACGGUGUCGAUGAGAAUUAUAUACUGUUUACGCUGGCAAAUUUGGCCCGUCCUUUUAUUAACAGCAGGUAUCAUGAUGGUUGCUUACAAGCGAUUCUUCACCAGCGCCAUUGACCCCAUCGAGGGCCGAGGGGAACAUCUAGUGGAUGUCCACAAACGUUACGUACAGAACACUCUAGAACAGCUAGUGUUGCACGUCUCGUCCUCCGUCCUGCUCGCUUCCUUCAUCUCGCCGGAAUCCAUGACAAUUAUUCCAAUUCGUGUUUUCCUCUUUGUUCUCGGACGAGUGACGUUUUGGUAUGGUUACAUUAAAUCUCCGAUAAAGAGGGCGUUCGGCUUCCAGAUGACGUUCAGUCCAAGUGUUAUAUCAUUGUUAUAUUGUGCAUUUUGUUUUUGUAAUUCGGGCCCAACAUUUGGUUUAUAUGAAACUUGAAGCAAAUUGAAUAUUAUAUUGGUAACAAAUACAUAUGAAAUUUGAUUUCAUCGAGUGAUGAUCUUAUAAUAGAGUCGGUGAAGGAUGGUUAUUAUAACAAUUGAUGUUGACCACUUGUCUCGCAGCUGCAUAGUUGGAUGAGGCUUGUUUAAAACGUUGAAAUUAAAUCUGUGCUAUCAGUCUCUCUCAAAGUAGUCUGAAAAUUCCUAUGUACAAUAUUUAUGUAUAUCAAUAACGAAUGUCAUAAAGUGAUACUUGCCGUGUUCCUACACCAUUGUUCUGAAAUAUGUGUGGGUAUACGAUCGAGAAUGAGCUUGAAUGCUAUUUUCCAAAUUUAUAAUAUGGAGCAAGUGAAAUAUGAAUACAAUGGUGUAUACUUGUUGAGUCUUUAAUAAAAUACAAAUAAAAGCACCAACGCAGUUUUUGGUAAUUACCUA